AUGAAAACUAGACAGAGAUUUGAAAUAAUACCUCGCGUGGUCGACACAUCUCAGCGAAGGAUCAUUUUAAACGUUGGUGGACGAAAACAUGAGACUUAUCUAAGUACGGUCAAAAAUUAUCCAGAUACCCGACUGUACUGGGUCGUGGAAAAUGUUACGAAAGCUAUCGAUUAUGACUCGGAAAGAAUUGAGCUGUUCUUUGAUCGACAUCCAGGCAUAUUUGAGCAAGUUUUGAACUACUAUCGUACGGGUAAACUGCAUUGUCCGCACGAUGUUUGUGGUCCUCUGUUCGAGGAAGAACUCGCAUAUUGGGGCAUCGACGAAAAAGAAAUGGAACACUGUUGCUGGACUUCGUACACUCAGCACAGAGAAGCAGAGCAUAACUUAAAAAGUUUUAAUGUCCCUGAUGGCGAGCAAGAUCAGGAUACAGAUUUGGAAAGCGACAGAAUGGAGGAUUCAACUCCUGCAAGGGACUGUGGCCGCCCUUUCACUUGGUGGACGAAAUAUCAACCUAAGAUUUGGCCAAUUUUGGAAGAGCCCCAUUCUUCUAAAGCUGCUAAGGUUAGUUGCACCUCCUUGCAUUUUACGAUAAAUAUAGCUUUUACCACACAUUGUCUACAACAACGUUGGUUAGACACUGUUUAUUUAGGGGCACUCUAUUAUAACACUAAUAAUUAUUUCGACUUCCCAUCCGUUACAGAUAAAUUCCUAGGGAAAUAUUUUAGAAAACGACUUUAAGGACAUUUUACGUCUUUAACGCAAGUGUAAUUCUGUGAUGUGUCCGAAUCUUUCGUGAUGUUGCAUGAAUCGCUAAGACGCUGAGUAUUAGGUUAUAUAUAUCUUGUCACGACAGCUGUUCAUAAAAUUAGAUUCGGAGCCUUUUCCACUGUCGUCUGAAUCAACUUAGCUUCAGCUUUGCGAUUCUCCAUUCCAAAAUAUGGGUCAAAAUUGGCACUAAAAUUGAGACAAAAAUUGGCACAAAAAAUUGGCACAAAAAAUUGGCACCAAACAUUCGGUUGUUGAAAAUGACAAAGGAUAUACUCUGAUAACUCUAGCUUAUAACCACAUUUUGAGAUGCAAAUUAAUACUCAAACUGCUUAAUGAAAGUCUAGCACAUUUUUCAAUCGAAGCGUUGAAAUUUCUCUCGUGAGCAAACUGCGUAUCAUAAAAAGGUUUCAUAUCGGGCAGGAGACUUCUUAAUAUCAUGGUUGUCACAAGUAUUGCUUGAUUCUUUUUGCAAGCAAAGAAAGUUGCUCCAUGGGAAAAUUAAUAUGGCAAUACACAGAUGUCAAGUAUUAAAACAGACACAUCUAUGACAGGAUAUGGGCUUCAUUUCGCAUUAGAAGCCGCAAAAUGAAAUUUUUGACGUGUAGAGAGCAUUUUUAAUCUUUAAAGUCUGUUUGCACGGCUUCUUAAAUGAAAGUUAAGAUAAAUUAUUUAUAUUUAUUCAGCAUUUUGACGGUUUCGACUAUCGGUGUGGAAAAAACUAAAAAGCAUCAAGCUUAGCGGUGUUAUUUACGAACCAACCAGUGCGAUUAAAAAACAAUUAAGUUUAGUUUUCGGGCCAAGGGCAAAGUUUCUUUCAUUUUUCUUAACACGAAACCAUAAUAAUUAAUUCUGUGAGGUAAUUAAAAGGUGAAUCCAUGGUACUUACGAAAGAACAAAACAUCCAUGUGAAUGAAAUCGAAUGACUCCAUUCUUUAUUACAAAUUCGUCUUCACUGUUGAAUAUAAACGAUAACAACCGUCGUUACCACGGCAAACAUUCGUUUACUUCCUUCACACUAUCACCUCGCCAUUGCACUUACUAACUCGUAAACGAAUUUCGGAUUUAAUUCUGAUACCAUUGCUGAUAUAUUUUGCAAAGCAGAACAUUGCUAACCUACCGUGUUUCAAACAUUUUUAAUGUAUAUGGAUCUUUGUCAGAAAUUCAGAUUGUUCCUAGAAAGUAAUUGCUGCACAAAAAUAGCAAUAACUAAAUCUAAAUUAAACUGACUUGUAAUUUUCGUGAUCCUGAAAUGAAUUUACUUUUUAUCUUUUGUAUUACAAUAAUUAGAAACUAGCAGUCAUUAGAUCAUCGAGGGGGGUUUGCCUUUGGUUUUAAGCAGAUCAUGGUUAUUAAAAAUUGUUUUUUUUGGUCAGAGCGGAUGAAAUAAGCUCUCUCUUUGCCGAUAAGGGUGAUAAUCCUGGGCUUGAUUUGAAACUUCUAGUUUCCAAAUCGUCAGCUGAGUGCAAUCUAUUUUACUCCCUGAGCUUAUCUGCGCAUUAAAUCUCUCCCAAUUUUCAAUUUGCUUUACCGAAUGUCAAGAAGAACUGAGAUACUGAAGGAUUAAAUUAUGCAUGCAAGGCACCAUACCAGCUCUAAACGUGUGCUCGCAAUCAACUUAUGAUGUAUGUUUUAAUCCUUUUUUCAGAUACUUUCAAUCAUCUCCAUAACGCUGAUCCUAUUGUCCGUGGGCACAUCUUGUGCUCUAACUCUACCCCAGUUCUCUAAGCAUUCAAGAUCAGUCCAAGGUCCCGCAGCUCCUGCAAGGGAUUCCACCACAGUAACCAUCUUCACUAUAAUUGAAUUCUUCUGCGGUAUUUGGUUCACUUUAGAACUAGUGUUACGGAUUAUCUUUUGCCCAAGACGACGCGUCUUUUUCCGAAUGGUGACAAACUGGAUCGAUAUCUUGUCGGUGAUGCCGUUCUAUAUUCGUAUUCUCGCUCCUGAUGGUGUAUCGCAGAUUGCCGAUGCACUCCUUAUGAUUCGACUUCUCCGACUUUUCCGCUUUUUUCGAUUGCUCUACGGUCUUCAAAUACUGUUGCACACGUUAAAAGCAAGCUCGUACGAGCUGGGACUUCUCUUACUGAUUUUGUUCAUACCAGUGAUUUUAUUCUCAUCAAUCAUCUAUUACGUAGAGCGUACCAUGGAUGACAUCCCCACGAAAUUUCGUUCAAUCCCAGAAUCUUUUUGGUGGUCACUUAUAACAAUGACCACUGUCGGCUAUGGCGACAUAACACCAAAUACGUGGCUGGGAAAAAUUAUCGGAGGAGCAUGCGCAGUUUGUGGCCUUCUUGUGGUCGCUCUUCCAAUAUCCAUAAUUGGAAGCAAUUUUAAUCUUUAUUAUGCACACGCUCAAGCAAGGCUUAAACUUCCGAGACGAAAAAAUAAAGUUUUGUUAAAUUCCAUAACUUCGGACUUUUCGAACCGCGGAAAUUUGUCUGGUGUCAGGCGCAGAGGAUUACGUAUUCGUAGUAACGUCAGCCGUGAACCUGAAGAGGAUGAUUGCCUAAUGUCUGACGUUUUGGCCAGUCAUUCAUCUCGGCAAAAUAGCCUUGCAAAGCAAAGUCCCGGUGAGGUAAAGCGAAACUCGACAACCUGGAGUAUUCCGUCUAGCAAAUCGGAUAACGAGGGAAAAACCUCUCCAACUUCAACAAGGCCGACCAGGGAACGUCGAAUCAGCCGGAAUGAGAGAGUGGUUCCAAAACUUGGAGAUCUCCCCGAAAAGGAUGAAACAGAGGAAAAUGACGGUCAAGAUGAUAACCAUCAGGUUUCAAAGCAAGAUUCCAUUACGAACAACAAUGUCAGGAACAGUUUAGGUGUGCCAGGUGUUUCUCAUGUCAUACCCAAAGAUCGCCUGCCACUUUGGAUAGCAGAAAACGGAAAAAAUCAACGUGUACGAUCCUUCAGCGUUCCGUCGAACUCAAACAUGUCUUUUCCUGAGGCGCCUCCACGCAAAACACAGUCUCAAAACUCUCACGUUUGUAAACGAUGCUCUCUACCGAAAGACACCCAAAGCAUCUGUGGAGAAGACAACAGAAAACGCUCAUCUGGAGAAGUUUGCUGUUGCGCAGAAAAAGAUGAGAUACCUCGAGGAUCGCGAAAUAACUCAACGUACACGAUAUUCAUUCCAGGUGUUGACGAAGGUGUACAAGUGAGUACAGAAAGCUUACCAUCCUGGAGCAGAGAACUUCCUUUCGAAGGAAUCUCACCCAUUCAACUUGAUUUUGUACCUUGUUGGAAAGGAAGAAGAUUUUCAGACGAAGACAGCGAACCAGAUAAUCUGAAUGAAGCUGAUGAGCGAGAAACUCUUGUAAGUGAGUUAAGUGACAGCAGAACUGUUUUGGAUGGUAAAAGGAAAGAACCCAAUAAACAGCCUACCAUGUUAUAUAUAGAUAUGCCAGGGAGACAUGGCAAUAUUACUGAAAAUGAAACUUCAAUUUAA